AGUAAAACGCACCUAAUCCGUUACCUUCCUAAUCGGUGAAAACCACCUAUUUCUAUUCCCCCUUUUGCCCAGAUUGGCUACCGAUUCAGAAUCACCUCCCUGAUUUACCCUCCCCCGAUCCCCUUUUCUCUUCUGUUCCUUCAUCCGAUUUCCUUCCUUUGUUUCUCUGCUCCCACUCCAUUACGCCUCUUUUCUGCCGAUUUGCUCCCUCCUUUUCUUUUCUUUUCUUUUUCUCUCUGCCACUCUUUCAAUUCCCUUCUCAACCAGUCGACUUUUUUUUUUCUUGUUCUCUCUGUCACUCCGAUUGCUCUCAGUUGGUGGGUCUCCAGGUUUCUGCAACUGUGAAAGGUAAAGGAAUGGAAUCACUGUAAUACGCUUCAACUCUCUUUUUUCUUUUCUUUUCUUUUCUAACUCUCUUUUUCUCUCUGUAAUUAGUGUAACAAAGGAAUCUAUGCCUUAGUUUUAUGAAUGUUUUCUUGCAUGGAAGUUAGGGUCCCAACUAUUUAAUUUAAUUUUAUAAGUUUAUAUUGGUGCAAAUAUGUAUAAUCGAAUGAGAGUGGUAGUGAAAAGCUGUAUAAAAUUGGUGUGAUCUUUUGAACUCUGAUGAAGUAUGAGUUGAAAUAUAACAGUGGGUUAUCUUCUUCAAUAAAAAAAUUGGAAGAAUAUAUAAAACAAGAGAGCCCUAUCACUUCUGUUCAGGAGAUAUGGGCUAUGGCUACACAACCGGCAUUUUUACUCUAUCUGGGCUCAGUUAUUGUAUUGGUCGUCCUUUUGAUCUUAUAUUUUGCACCAAGAUGUGGGCAUACAAAUGUGUUGGUUUUCACUGGCAUUUGUUCAUUAAUGGGAUCUCUCUCGGUGAUGAGUGUUAAAGCCCUUGGAAUCGCACUCAAACUAACCUUUGAGGGAAAGAACCAACUAGUCUACCUGGAGACAUGGUUCUUUAUGUCCAUUGUCGCUACAUGUGUCAUUAUACAAAUGAAUUAUCUCAACAAGGCCCUUGAUACGUUCAACACUGCAGUUGUGUCCCCUAUUUAUUUUGUCAUGUUCACAUCGCUUACAAUCAUUGCCAGUGUCAUUAUGUUCAAGGUGAGCAUGCACCUCUAUCCCCUACAUUGUCUACCGGACUCUUCAGUGGUAACCGUGAAACUCUGAAGCAUGAUGAAGAAAAUGAGCUAUCGCCUGAUGAUAUUUGUUUGAGGAAGCAAGAACCGUACUAAGAUGGCUAAAUUAGUAAAUUGGGAGUAUAAACACAUCUAACAUUUUGUGUGCUAUAAGUGCCAAGGUGAAAUCCAAGUUUCAAGAAUCCUUAGACGGUAACAGAGAUGAUUUUGCAAGCAUGAGUCCUGGUUGCACUAGACAAGAAACAAAGUGACUGAAACUACUUAAACAGCUGGGCUUGGAUUUCAUUGUUAAUCAUGUGCAGUACCGGGAUGCUACAAGCUUGGAGAGUGAAUUGGUGGGUGAUGGUGCUUGAAAGGGUGACAUUUUCAAUUGAAAAGCUCAGCAGAUAUGGGUGCUGAAGGAGACCUCAGACCUAGAUUUUGGCAAGGGAAGGUGGGUUUCUGAGAUUGUUGAAAAUUUUAAUUAGGUAGGACAACAGGAAGAAAAGUGUGCUUGUAGAGUAUGAUACAUAUGGAUAAAUCAAAUGUAGUGUCUAAGAUUAAUUGGAUUUAAAUUGUGGUUGUUGACGUGAUUUAGUUGCAAUGCAAACAUAAUGGAUAUUAUGUGGUAA